CUUACUGUCCCCCACCAUCCUCAUGGCUGAAGAAAUCAGGAGAACAGCUGCUCUGCUGGAGCAGCCUCUCAUUGAGAGAGGCCAAGAACUCAUCACUUACAUCAAGCACAAGUUUGCCACCAACUUAAAAAAAGGUGAGUGAAUGGCCCUAAUAGGCUACUGUACAUUGUCACAUUACCUUAUGAAAAGCCACUUGAGUUAAUGGACGAAAUUUGAGUUAAUGCAAAGAAUUACUGACUUUUACCACAUUUUGCCUUGUUUUCCAAGAGCACAGCUACUUACCUGAGAAGGUUGUCACCCGCAGUGACACAAAGUAUGUCCCCAUACAAAAUGGCCAGGCCAAGAAGAACUAUGACAGAUGCUCAGUAAAGGCUUUUUCUCCCCUGUUAACAAGUAUGAAACAUAAUACAAAGACAAAUAUGGACAUAUUAUAUCCUUGACCAUUUCCUACACUAUGUUAAAGUAUAGUAUUUAUUCAAUUAAUUCAUUUUCAACUGUGAUGGUAUCCAUGAGGUGUGUGUGUAUAAACGUUAAACUUAAAGCAAUGUCUUGUCCCUUGGAUAGACCAUACAAACAGUGGGAAUGCUUUACUCUGACAACAUUAAUCUCUUCUCAAUCUGGUUAACAUCAGAGGGUCAGGAAUCACUGAAGGUGACACACACAUAAUCAUCUCAUUGUGUUUAAAGUUGUUUCAAAUGACUGGUCCUCACUCAUUCUAUGGCAGACACACUGGGACAAGAAGUUUGGCAAAAAGUCAGGGGGUGGAGUGAUCUCCAGCAAAUUCACUCAGGAAAAGGGUGAGAGAGGAGGAGAGGGAGCGAUAGAGGGGGUAGGGACUUACUGUAGAAUUAUGACCAAACAUAAUUCAUUAUCAUGCAGUAAAUUCUUCAUUAUCACAUUCAUGUAUUUGAUAUUUGAAUAGUAUAUAUUUCAAUUCUCCUUAAGAUGUCUAUUUACCUUAGGAGAACAUCAAAGCCCCUCCAGUGGAGAGCCAAAUCCUGGAUGGUUUCGUAAGAGAUGGCCUCCAUUAGACGUGCUCUCCACACUGGACGCCCCCUCAUAUGUUGCCUCAGGGACCAGGUAAAGCACUGUGGGAAAACAGAACUCAGGAGAAACCCAAUAAAAAAUGUAUACUCGGAUUAACUUCAAUGUGCUUUUGAGUUCCCCUUAGUUAUUAGAAUUGUUGCUGUGUAUUAUGGCUCUGGGACAUGUGAUUGUUUGUUCUAGACUUCUGCCAAUGAUUUCCAGCCUUCCAGCCUGUUCUAUUCACAGUUGACAACCUCAUUCUUCUUGAACCGUAUAGAAUGUUAGGACCACUUGCUGUAACAUAAAGAAUACAUGUUGUCUCUAUGUUCUCAUUGGAUAAACAGUCAUCACUAAUGACACCAUGUCACCGAGCCAUGUCAGGUUGGUCACCUAAAGCACAAUGCAGAAGGAAUUACAAUGCUCUACUAUGUUCACCCCAUGCAUACCCUCUGAUCCAUCUUUCUUUUCAGCUGAUAAAGAGACUGUGCCACCAACCCCCAUGUCCAUGAACCAACAAACACUGGACCCAGAGGAAGAGGAGAACCUACAGUAUGUUGUGCACUGUCCCUGUCUAUUUCUUGUUAAUAAAGUUUUAAAUCAAACCCAAUACUGCUACAAAACAGAUUGCUGCAGUUAUAUCGAUCGUACUCCCAUACAAUGCUGGAUGUUUCUUAUUGAUAAGAAAUGUUCCUCAUAGUUCUGUCUGGCACUUGAUGUUGGCCUUUUCCCAUGCUUGACAUACAACAUACUGUAUUUCCCUGCUCUCUUCAUAGGAGGAUACAGUACAGGAAGCAGAAGCUGUUCUCAGAGAAACUGCAGUGGAUCUAUAUGGUCCUGUGGCAUCUCUCACAUGAGAAACAAAGACCUGAAGACACUGAGACUCUGCUAAUACAACAAAAACAACUAAAUAAACAACUAAAUAUGUGUGUGAUGUAUUAAUAGGGUUGCAAAAUUCCAGGAGCUUUCAAUAAGUUCCCUGGUUUUUACGAAAUCCCGGUUGGAGGAUCCCGGAAACAGGAGGGAAUAAUCCGUAAUACAUUUACAUUUUAGUCAUUUAGCAGACUCUCUUAUCCAGAGCGACUUACAGUUAGUGCAUACAUUUUUUUAUUUUUCAUACCCCCCGUGGGAAUCAAACCCACAACCCUGGCGUUGCAAACGCCAUGCUCUACCAACUGAGCUACAUCCCUGGAUAUGCCACCCAGGAUUUCUGGAAGACCAGGGAAUUUAUUGAAAGUGCCUAGAAUUUUGCAACCCUAUGUAUUAUUGUUGUAUUUUUGAUAUAGGGAGUUUUUCCAAGCCACUGUGCUUCUGCCUCUGGAUUGCUUGCUCUUUGGUGUUUUAGGCUGGGUGUCUGUAAAGCACAUUGUGACAACUGCUGACGUAAAAAGGGCAUUAUAAAAUACAUUUUAUUGAUUGCUGAUUUAAUACUAACAGCCUGUCUUCCAGGUUCCUCUCAACAGCAGCUAUGUGAACAUCAUCAUGAAGGACACAGAAGACCAACAUCCUCCUGAAGCAGUCACACAGCUACUACAACCCUCCAGUGAAUGCCACCGGACGUCUGGUGUCUCUGGCCCCCGAUGACUGUCACAACAUCACCCCUGACGUGUGGGACACCUUCAUCGGCCACCAGGAUGCCACAGGUGACCGUCUUUUGUAUAUACAGUAUAUUGUUUUGUGGUUUUCAUAUAAGUCCUCGUGUUUCCAACCUCACCUGCACACCUUUUUACAUUGUUUUCAUUUGCACUGUCUGUCACUUGUUUUUUUGUGUGCAAAUAAAUUAAAUAAACUAACAUGCUGACCUAAUCAAUUGGACCACCUAUUGCAUGUCACAUGAAUUCCGAUAGCUUUGAGUGUGUCUUACCCUAUGAUUAAACUGACUCUUGUGAAUUUCAGAGGCCUCAAAGGUAACCACCAUCCGAACCACAGGGUAAGAGAAUGAUAAACAAUAAAUGACAUGAAAAUAUGCUAUUGCUGAUCUAGCCCUCCAUACUAUAAUCCAUUGCUUGUCUAUAAUCCCAGAUAUAAAGCUUUGCAGUCUGGGCCCAGGUGUAAGGUUGGCCAGAGAGCCAGACAGAUGGAGACAUGCCCCCAUGGCUGCUACUGCUGCUGCUGGAUGAGAACAGUCAGUCUACACAAUACUACACACACCCAACAAUGAUGUGCCAUGUUCCCACUUAGCAGCCAUAGCCAUUGUGGCGUUGUAACACUUAAUGAUGUGAUUAAUGCCCUAAGGCACAGGAAAUACAGACAGCCGACAGUAUCAAUGUUGAGACUAGACUCCAUGUGCAGCGUCACCCUGGUGGCAUUGUGGGUUUUGGACUCUGCCACAGCAUGAGUUCCUGAAGGAUUGUGGCAUUGUGUGCCUCACCAACUACGUACCACCCUUUGCCAAACAUCACUUCAGUACAAAUCCCUUGAAAUGGCAAAAUGAUAUGUUUGCUUUAGGAAUGGCAAGGCUUUCGUUUCAACCAUAGCAUUUUUACAAUGUGUUCUACAAAGAUAAAUCCAUUCACUGUUGUGAAUACAGUUUCUCUCACGUUUUGCUUCUAUACUCACCUGUAGUUUUCUUUUCCGACAGCAUCCCUAGAGAAGAAAACAGUCAAGUGAGUGUGAAACAAACCAACAAAAUUGAUUGAUUUCUGUAUGUAAAAUGGAUCAUUUAUUCACAUAUUUGAGAUGUAAAGAUUAAGCUGGUCUUUUCAUUCCUUCACCUAGGCCUAGAGCAGACCAGUCAGGCAUGCUGGAGAGAGCCAAGGCCCAAUACCUGGAUGUGAAGAAGGUUCUAAACAUCCUGAUCGAGUCAGGAGUGUUUGAAAAGAUAGUGAGGAGGACACUGUCAGCCCUAUGACUUGAUGUACUAACUCAUUGUAUUCACUAGAACUAUGCAUCAUUGUGAUCCAUGUGGAUUUGAUAUGUUCAAUGUUGUUUUUAUGCCCCUUUGCUGCAAAAAACAAUUGCCCUCUGGGGCAUUGUUUGUUCUGGAUGAUGUUCCUGUUAAUAUAAUACAUGCCAUUCAGCAGAUGCUUUUCUCCAAAGCAACUUAGUCAUGCGUGCAUACAUUUUAUGUAUGGGUGGCCCUAGCAGGAAUCAAACCCAAAACAUUUGGUGUUGCAAGCGCCAUGCUCUGCUGACUGAGCCACCCAGGACCACACCUGUUGACAUACAGGGUAUAUGAAUAUGAAACCAUUAAGGUGCAAUCUGUUAGUUCUCUCUUCCCUAUGGCAAUGACAGGAAGUACAAACACAACAAAAAAGGAGUUGGAUUCAGACCCACCCUUUUCACUGGGAAUCAAAUGUAUGGAUUAAAAUGUAAUGACCAAAAAGUGAUACUUUGUUGUCAAGAUGCCCCACUCAGCGACUCAUUGUAUUCCCAUUCUCUGUUCUCAGGAACCGUGAGGAGAGGAUGAGAACUCUUUUCGAUGCUCUAAUGGCCUCCAAGACCGAUGCUGGUCUGUCUGAAGAGUGACCUGAAGGAGCCCAAAUCCACCACUGGUCUCUGGUAGGCCCCUUCUCUCCUCUCUCAUACAAACAACGUGGUGUAACUCAAUAAUUUCAAGUUGCUUGAAACUCCUUGUCUGCUUUUCUUCAUCUUCACUUCCUGUAAGAAAAUGGAAUAGAAUUAUAUAUCAAAAAUGUUUUUAUGAUAAUCAUAUAUGAACAGGUUUACAACACUGCAGAGUGAGGCCACAGAACUGUCUGGAGACAGAGACCCCAAAUACAACAGCAUGCUGCAGAAGAUCUCAGCGUUUCAAAGCUUCUCUAACAAAAAGGUCCCCUACUCCAAGGUAUGGAACUUUACAGAACGUUCAUAUAGAAAUACGCAGUGUAGAACAGGUCUGUGUCAUAGGCAAUUGUGUCCGAUCUAUGCAUGGCAUUUCUAUCUACAACAUUCUGAAAGGUUCCCCCUUCCUAGAAGACACAGAAACAUACUCAACCUGGGUUGUAUUCAUUAGCGCACACCGUAGAAAAACGUUUUGUAAUGGAAACACGAAACAAGCGGUUCUUACAGGACAAGAACCCUGCUUCAGCCAGUUUUUUUUUUUUCUCCAUUUGGGCCCUAAUGAACAUGACCCUGUCUCUCUCUGAAGAAGUUCUGUCUCCUUGUCCUCUCCAUGCCAGCCAAUCAGCUGCUUCGACCGGCCAUGCAGGAAGCACUGCUUUUCCUCACAGAGAAAGUCCUGCUCUGCUAUUGCCGUGGCAACUCAAACAGUGGUACC